UAAUAAUAGGAUUUAGAAAUCAAUGAUAACUAUUUCCUGAAGUUGCAGUUAUCAUUAACCUGUACACCAAUAUGUUUGUGUGGAAAAUUGGUUGUGUUGUGGCUUUAUUGUCUGUGGUCAGGAUCAAGGCUUUACGUCGUUUGUCGAAGCGUUGUGAUGACAUAGCAAUUAUAGGUGCCGGUAUAGCUGGGACAUAUUCCGGAUGGAGAUUGAAAAAACUAAAUCAGAAAAUUACUAUAUAUGAAUACUCAGACAGAGUAGGCGGAAGGUGUUACACACAGCGAUUUCCUGAAACCCCUGACAUCAAUGUAGAAUUGGCUGCUGCAAGGUUUGUCCCUGAGACGCAUAAAUUACUCCAUGAUACCAUACGGGAGCUAGGACUGCAGACUGAAAAAUUCAUUGUUGGCAAGGGACCAUCCAAGGAUACUACUGUGUAUGUACGCGGAGAACAUUUGCGCCAUCAGGAUUUAGGUGGUAUUAAAACACCAUAUAAGCUACAUCCCAAUGAAAGAAAACCAGUUAAUCAACUACAAUGGGAAAUGUAUAAGAACUACACCGAUGUUUUAACGACCAAUGUUCAAGAAGAUGUUAAACAUUAUCAUAUCAAAGAUGUCGAUGGAAUAGAAAUGUAUAAGCAAAGUGUAAUGUCUAUGUAUAACAAAUUCCUAACACCAGAAGCACACAAGUAUAUCGUAGACACUUCCGGAUUUGACACGUUAGGGUUUGAUAUAAGUGCAUUGGUUGAAGUAGUUACCUCACCUCCGUCUAAUGAAAAGGAAGAAGUUCUAACUGUGUCAAAAGGAUUUCAAUCAAUACCAACUACUCUUCUUGACAGAUUUUUACGUGAAAGUAAAAGGCAUCAUAUAAAGCUAAAUCACCAUCUGAAAGCAAUUCGGAAAGCAAAAAGUGGGAUUUAUAAUUUGUAUUUUGAACCAACGGUUACCAGAAAUGGAAGGACACGCAUUAUUUCGAAUAGGCCUUACAUAAGGAAGUGUGCUAAGAAGAUAAUUCUUGCAGUCAAUAGAUUAUCGCUUGAAAGGCUUGAGUGGCAGGGUUUGUAUCAACCACAUAUUAGAGAAUAUAUGACCAAAGCAGUAAAAGACGUUAGUGCAGGGAAAUAUUAUCUCUCAUACAAUUCACCAUGGUGGAGAAGUUCCCCCUUUUACGCCGAUUAUGUAAUAUCAGAUACUCCAUUAAAACAAACAUACGAUUUCGGAACAUCAAAAGCUAAUCCAUUAAAAUCAGUUCUACAGCCAAUGUACACAGAUGCUAGAAUACAUAUAUCUUACUGGAAGGAAUUAGUUGAAAGGGAAAAUGGUGAUAUUACUGAUGGAGAUAUCGCGUUCCCAAUUGGAAAGGAAAUGGUUAAUAUUACAAAUAAAUACCUUGGUCACAUCUAUAAACUUCCUCUAAACGCUAUACCGCAGCCAAUAAGUGGAGUUAUAAGUCUGUGGCAUAAUUAUCCGUACGGUGGAGCAUGGCAAGUAUGGAUGCCAGGGUAUAUAUGGACUGAUGUGGAACAACAGAUGACCAAACCGUCAAAAGAUGAUGACGUAUUUGUCGUGACUAAUGCUUUUAAUUCUCGUUCUUUUUCAUAUUGGACAAAUGGAGCGCUGCAAUCAGUCGAACUCGCUAUGCCAUUCUUUGGUUUGCAGAGUAAAGUGUUAGACUAGUGUCUUCAAUAUAACUGUAUCUUCAUGUGAUGCCAUUUUAUUAACCCUCAAAAAUAUAAACGAAAGUGUUUAAGUGUCUUACUAAGAAAUAGGCUGAGACACUUUUUACUCUUAAAGCAUACACUACUCUAAUUAAAAAUUAAAAAAAACAGAAAAUAUGCGCCAAUCUGAUUAUAAUACAGAUUCUGUGACCAUGCUUCGCUAUAAGGAUCUGACAACACUCAAUUGCACUUUCUGUUCUGAUAAUUAUCACAUCAGCCAAUGAAAUUUCAGCCUUCAAAAUUUUGAAUGUGUGUAUCAUUACGAUAAAUCAAGACGACCCCGAAAGAUCUUUGAAAAAUAAAAUAAAAUGGAGUGUGUUCAGCUCGUUGUAGCGAAGCGUUGACACAAGAUCUAUAUUUUAAUCUACAAAAAACUCAUCAGGAUCAAAAAAGGUAAACACCCAAAUAAGGUACGAAGUUGAAGAGCAUUGAGGACAAAACGUCACCAUUUUUUUCAAAGAUAAGCAGACGUACUUUGGUCAUUCAAAUCAUUCUGAGCAAUUUCUGGGCAAUUCUUUUUUAAAUUAUAGCUUAUCCACAUGCAUCAUAAUAAUUAUUGUUAUAUAUAUUGUUGGUUUACAUAUUUAAGGAAAUCUUACAAACAGAAAUUAAAAUCUAUUCCUACCAGAUGCCUUUGCGGACUCUUCUGUUCCGUGUUGUAUUGUUGCAUCUUCAUGUCAUAAUCCCAAAAGCUAUUCGAAUAAUGUGUUUCAUUUUCUCAAAUUAUACGGAUCAGUAUCAAUUUUGUAAUAAUUUUCGUAUGAUAAUGUUAUUCCAUCUUGUAUCUCUUGUUGUUUAGUACGAAAAUCCAGACAUAACUUUGAUCUCGCUAUAAAAGAGAGGCGGAAACUCC